AUGUGGAAGCAGGCGAGUGCUCGCCUCAACAUCAUGCUGGCGCCAUGUGUGGCGUAUCAGUACGUGGCGGCGAAGGGUUGCCACGGGCUGGUGUGUAAAGCGGCGGACACCGUCAGAGACGGCGAGGUGCUGGCGUUGGUGCCGUACCUGGCGUGUAUCUCACCUAUCAUGGCCCUUGCAUCACCAUGGGGUCAGCAGCUCGCUGCUGCCCUACGCACCUAUACAGUGGAGGAAAAUGGUGUGAGGGUGUCGUACUCGAAGGAGGCGGCGCUAACGACGGUGUUCACGGCCCUCGCCAUGCAGCCGCGCAGCCCGCUCGAGGAGUACCUGCGCCAGAUGCGACUCGACGAAGAGGACGGUGCCUCCCUCACGGUUGCCUUGGGGCCGGAGCUGACGGCGCACAUGACGAAAAUCGACGCCUUGAACAGCUUGGUGGUCGCGCAGAUGCACGAGGACCUGAGCCGCUGGCAUAUCCGCGUGCCCAUGGCUGACCUUGUGCGAGCCCACCGAGCGUGCGCCAGCCGCUGUGUUGAUGUUCCCGACAGCGAGGAAGUCUUUGGCGGGCCAUCCUUGGUGCCGGUUGUGGAUCUCAUCAACCACGGCAUCACCGCGCCCAACGUGACGGUGUACAUGGAAUCGACGAACCGUCUGGGACCCUUGCUGCGGCGCCAUAGUCGCCUGAACAUAAUGGACAACCUCGUGAAGGCCGGCGCCUUUUGCGUCGUGGUGCGUGCGACGAGGGACGUGAUGGGAGGCACCGAGUUCACCUACCCCUACAUUGACCCCACCGAAGACCCGGCAUUGUACGCCAGCAAGCUGUACUGGGCAUCCCGCUUCCGAUUUGUUCCGCCCGAUGCGGCGUAG